AUGGAAGCAUUUCAACAAUUUCUUCAAUCACGAGGGAUUCAGCGGAUCAGAAAACAGCAUCGUCGUCUGACGGAUACAAUCCGAAGCAGAGCUACCAGUGAUGGUAAUGUCCGUAUUAGUACGAUAAUGAGUAAUAUUAGAAAUGAAAAUGAGGUGCAUUUUUCUGAUUCCGAUGAUGAAGUAAUAAUUGAAGAUGAACCAUUGGGGAUAAUUCAAAUAAAUAAUGAUAUUGAUGACGAUUUUGAUAGUUUCUAUAAUACCAGAAGAGAAAGCUUUGGUGGUGGUGGUGGUGGUAGCAGAAAUCAAAAUUUCAUCAUUACUGAUCAAUGUAAUAAUGAGAUUGAUAAAUCAUAUGAAUAUGUUGCGGCACAAUCUACUGCUCCCCCAUCGAUUGAAACUGCAAUACCAGAUGAACUGUAUAAGGAUCGAUUUGAGUUUAAAAUUCCAAGUCAAGAUUUCAAAAAUGUCAACUAUACUGCUAUAGAUACUUCAGAUUACUCCAAGAUUUUGUAUAAAUCACCUUCAAAUAAGUUUGUUAAUUCUUUGAAACUAAAACAUUUUGGCAUUAAAAAAUUAUUUGGGGAAGAUUUCCGAAAAUUUAAGAAUAAUUUAUCAACAAUUAUUUCCGAUGGUACCAUGGAGUAUCUAGUACUAGGAUUGAAUUCAGAAUUGAUAGUUUUUGGCUUUGAUGGACUAACCAACUUACCAUCAAAGCAAUUGCUUCGAAUAGAUACACGACCAAUGUACACAUCAAGUACUGAUAGGCUAAUCUCUACUUGGCCGUAUUUUCCUCAUACUAUCAAUUAUAUCAAGACUGGAAAUUUCAACAACCGCCAAGUUUUAGGGGUAUGCUCUGAUGAUGGAACGUUAUUUAUAUGGUACACUGAAACAAUAAUCAAACUAGUGAAAAAAUUUGGAAAUUCAACAAAACAACAGAGUAAUGACAAUGACCAAGACACAGACAACCCAGUUGCAACGGUCACAUUAUCUUCUACAGCAUCAACGUCAGUGACAACACCUACUAUUGUAAAACCAGACUUUAGAAUCAAAACAGAGGCAUCAUUAUGGGGGUUAGAUUUUAAAACUUAUAAUGGUCACAAUAUUAUAGUAGCAUCUGAUAACUCACAAAGUGUUGUUCUAUUGUAUUAUCAUCCAGCCGAUGAAAGAUUCUAUCAUAUUAAAUCUCAUCAAAUAUUACAUAAUAUCCCAGAUAUUUCUAUUGUUUUGUACACCCAGACAGAAGAGAAGCAUACCGUACAAGUGUCAUGCGUGUCUAUAUCCGGGGAAAUUAUUGUGUUUGAGUUUAAUUUUGCAAUAGCUUUAGGACCUUUAAAUAAAGAGGAAUUUGAGUAUUUCAGAAAGGAACCGUAUUAUUAUGUUGAUGCCACAAUGGAACAGUUGGAGAAUCGAAACGGAAUAGAUUCCCAUGACUUGGCCCUAUUGAAGCUGAAGAAAUUUAAACGUGUAAAAUUUGCUGAGGCAUUAUGUAUUUCAAGAGUUGUGUUGAGUGAGGACUGCUGGACAGUUAAGCCAAUGAACUCUAAAUGGUUUUUACCCGUGGGGUCUCUCAAGGAUGUAUUUGGAGAUGAUAAUAUUGAUGAGUCACGCGAAUUGAACCGUAUAGGGCAAGAAACACGGAUACUCAACGUUCUGGGUGGUAAAUUCCAAUUUUUCCCUAGUAAGACAGUUAAUUUUGAGUCUCAAUUGGAAGAUAAUUGUCGCACUAAUCCGAGUACUACCACCAAUUACAAACCAACUACCCUUGACGAUGAAUACAGAAGAAUACAUAAAGAGCUAGUGAACGGGUCUAGUGAUGAAUUCUUAUUAGUGUCUACUGCUAAGAAAUUGUCAAUGUUUAGGUUCCCUUCGCUUUUUUGCAAUUGUUCAACCCUGAAAGUAUUUGAUUUAGCAAUACCAUUUAAUGAAGAAAGUAAGUUUACCAAUCGAAUAUCCAUAAGUAUGGUGAUACCUGAACUUCUGUGCUUAGUUGCUGCAACUCAACAAGGAUUAAUAACAAUUAUGAGAUUAUGUACCUAUCAAGGAGUUUAUGGUAUGAGACAAGAACAUAUUUUCCCCAAUGCGUUGUCCUUAUCAUUAGGUUAUCAUGGGUAUAGAACUAUUAUUGGAUUAAGUGUAAGAAAAAGAACAGUGGAGAAACCUAUAUAUAAUUUAUAUGUUUCGUAUAAUGAUGGAUUAAUUAUUGGUUAUCAAAUCUCAAUAUAA